UUCGUCGUCGUGAGGAGUGAAGUAAUCCUCAGUCGUGUAUCAGACUUCGUACAGUUCAGGCGAUUCUGAUAAAACUGUGAACAUGCUGGCUCUUAUCCUGGUAUCAUCUACGUUAGUCGUAGCAAUAAAUUCUGCCCCUAUAACCUACGAUCAACGUCAGGAUGGCUCGUUGAAUGUCCACGCUAAACUCGACAACAUUCUCGUCGUGUUCGCAACAUCAUCUGGAGCAUUGAUGGAUCUGGCUACACAAGCCUUGACAUUGCAACCUUUCGGAUCCAGAGAAGACAAGGACGAUGCAGUCUCAUUGACUUACAAGCCUGAUGAGAUUACUCUGGAAAACAAUAAGGAACCCUACCGGGUGGAGAUCGUUGGGAUCCAGAAGAAUGACAGUAAGGACGAAUCACAGAUUGAAAUAAAAGUUGAGAUGAAACCUGAAAAUGAAAAAGAGGUUCUUAUUGCACAUCAUCAAGGAAAGGAGGAAAAGGAGGCGAAUCAAGAUAAUAAAGAUCACACUGUACCGGAAGAGAAUACUGAGAGGAAGUCAAGGAACGUCUUAUGGAGUCGUCUCAAUGAUCCUGAGGAUAACAAGAGAGGUAUGUCCUUGAAGAAGGAACUUUCUAGUAAGGAGAUACAUACCAUCAGGGAGGACUCGGGGAAAUCUGGAGAACACAACGAAGUGGAGCAUGCUGUACACAAACACCAGGAGUUGAAGCUACUGGGUGGCGCCAUCGAGAACUGCGGACCUGGACGAUACAGAAAUAGUUAUGGAAUUUGUCAAUUUGAAGAAUCUGUUAAUUGAUACAAUUUUUCUUUUUAUAAAAAACCUUAAGUAUUUGUCAUUGGCUUUCCUGGUUGCGUUUUCGAAUUUGAAAAAAUAAUUUCACCUACUUCCUUGUUU